GGCGGAGCGGCUGCAGGAAUUGCUGGGAGUGAGAGCGCGCGGUGGGAUCACUCGGCGGCGGCGGAGGCCCUGAGACCGGGGAACGGGCGACUUCGGCCUGCGGCCUACGCGGAGCCUUCUCUGCACCCGAGGACUAGGCACCCGCCGUCUUCAUCAUAGAGGUACUGUGCUCCGCGCUUCCUGCCCGGCCCAGCCUGCUGCGGCGGAGCGCCUUUCUUCCUUCCCGAGCUAGCUCUCUCGUCCGCCCGCGCCUUUCCUGUUUGCCUGCGUCACCGCGGCCGCCAUGGCUGAGAAUGGCGAGAGCGGCGGCCCCCCGCGCCCCUCCCGCGGCCCUGCCGCCGCCCCGGGCCCUUCCUCGGCCCCGGCCGAGCCCAAAAUCAUCAAAGUCACCGUGAAGACCCCGAAAGAGAAAGAGGAGUUCGCGGUGCCCGAGAACAGUUCGGUCCAGCAGUUUAAGGAAGCGAUCUCCAAACGCUUCAAAUCCCAAACCGAUCAGCUGGUGCUGAUCUUUGCGGGAAAAAUCCUGAAAGAUCAAGAUACCUUGAUCCAGCACGGCAUCCACGACGGCCUGACCGUCCACCUGGUCAUCAAAAGUCAGAAUCGACCGCAGGGCCAGUCUGCACAGCCGAGCAGUGCCGUGGGAAAUAACUCGACCGCGGCCCCGGCCUCGGCCUCGGCCUCGGCUUCGACUCCCAGGAGUAACUCCACACCUACUUCCACAAAUAGCAACCCAUUCGGGUUGGGCAGCCUGGGUGGACUCGCAGGCCUCAGCAGCCUGGGCUUGAGCUCCACCAACUUCUCCGAGCUUCAGAACCAGAUGCAGCAGCAGCUCCUGUCCAGUCCCGAGAUGAUGAUCCAGAUCAUGGAAAAUCCCUUUGUUCAGAGCAUGCUGUCGAAUCCUGAUCUAAUGAGGCAGCUGAUUAUGGCCAAUCCACAGAUGCAACAAUUGAUUCAGCGAAACCCAGAAAUCAGUCACCUGCUUAACAACCCAGAUAUAAUGAGGCAGACCCUGGAAAUCGCCAGAAACCCGGCCAUGAUGCAAGAGAUGAUGAGAAAUCAAGACCUGGCCCUCAGCAAUCUGGAGAGCAUCCCAGGGGGUUACAAUGCUCUGAGGCGCAUGUAUACUGACAUUCAAGAGCCUAUGCUGAAUGCUGCACAAGAGCAGUUUGGGGGUAAUCCCUUUGCCUCCGUGGGGAGCAGUUCCUCCUCGGGGGAAGGUACUCAGCCUUCCCGCACCGAAAAUAGAGAUCCAUUACCCAAUCCAUGGGCGCCACCAGCGGCUACCCAGAGUUCUGCGACUUCCAGCACAACUACCAGCAGUAUCAGUAGCUCCAGCAAUGCAACUGGGAACACCAUGGCUGCAGCCAAUUAUGUUGCCAGCAUCUUCAGUACCCCAGGAAUGCAGAGCUUGCUGCAACAGAUAACUGAAAACCCCCAGCUGAUCCAAAAUAUGCUGUCUGCUCCCUACAUGAGAAGCAUGAUGCAGUCACUUAGUCAAAACCCAGAUUUGGCUGCACAGAUGAUGCUGAAUAGCCCGGUGUUUAAUGCAAAUCCUCAGUUGCAAGAGCAGAUGCGUCCACAGCUCCCAUCUUUCUUGCAGCAAAUGCAGAAUCCAGACACAAUAUCAGCCAUGUCAAAUCCAAGAGCAAUGCAGGCUUUAAUGCAGAUCCAGCAGGGACUACAGACAUUAGCUACUGAAGCACCUGGACUCAUUCCAAGCUUCACUCCAGGAGUGGGGGUGGGGGUGCUGGGAACUGCUAUAGGCCCUGUAGGCCCUGUUACACCCCUUGGGCCCAUAGGGCCCAUAGUUCCCUUUACCCCCAUUGGGCCUAUUGGGACCAUAGGACCCACUGGCUCUGCUGAUACCACUGGCUCUGGUGGUCCCACUGGGCCCACUGUGUCCAGCUCUUCACCCAGUGAAACUAUGAGUCCAACAUCAGAAUCUGGACCUAACCAGCAAUUUAUUCAGCAAAUGGUUCAGGCUCUUGCUGGAGCAAAUCCUCCACAGCUGCCAAAUCCAGAAGUCAGAUUUCAGCAACAACUGGAACAGCUCAAUGCAAUGGGGUUCUUAAACCGUGAAGCAAACUUGCAGGCUCUAAUAGCAACAGGAGGUGACAUCAAUGCAGCCAUUGAGAGGCUGCUAGGCUCUCAGCCAUCCUAAUUACAUUUCUGUACCUUAAAAAAAGCAUCUUAUUUUUGAUAAUGGCUCUUAAAUCUUUAACUACAGAGAAUUGUGCUUUAAUUUUGAUUAUUUUAAAUCUGUCUAGUUAUAAGUUCAAUAUGAUGUAUUUUAAGGUGGAGUCUGUCUUUUAUCUUUCCAUUUCUCCCCCUUCCUCCCUCCUGCCUUCUGUUUUCUUCUGUUUUCUGUGGUGAAAAUCAAUGAUGUUUCACUCAAAGGUGUUGCAUGUACUUUUCUCUUUAUUAUGCAUUUAUUGUGGGUUUUUUGGGGGGAAAAUCAAAUUUCACGUUUGGGUGAACAAGUUUUGUCUUACAGAUGUCCAGUUUACUUGCAUUUUAAAUAAUAGGCUAUUAUAGUAAUGUAGAAAGAAAAAUAUUAAAAACAAACAAAUUAUUGGAAGCUCUAAUUUGUGGUACAAUAUUGCUAUUGUGACUUUGGCAUGUAUUUUUGCUAGCAAAAUGCUGUAAGAUUUAUUCCAUUCAUUUAUCCCUUUUGGCAAUGUUUGUACACAGUACAGUAAAAGCAACUGGAAUUGUAUAUCUAGAAAUAUUACAACAGAACAUCUCUGAGCAGGAUAGUAUAACCAAAAUGAGAAAGGAUAUAGGGAAUAUUUCUGGAGUUAAGUAUGUUUCGAAAUUUUGUAGAAUCUUACAGCUUCUUUGAUAAACUUAUCAGUGAAAAUGUUGGCUAGACAGGUUCAGUUAAAAAUACAGUAGAAUUGUUUCUCCUGGUAUCUCUUAAGUAGACAUUUAAUUGUACAGAAAACCUACAGUGUGACAUUCAGCAUUUGCAGAUUGACUGUAUAUGACCUUAAUCUUUGUGAAGUGUGAAGGAUCAUGUGGUAAUGCCAAGAAAGUGCAUUUUACCUCAGCCUGCCUUCUUAGCUUCUUCUCAAGAGACCCUAAUACACAUUUUGAUUUGUAAUUGGAAAUGUAAUUUUCACUGAAAGUGUCUUGUGAUGUUUGUAUUACUUUUAACUGCAAUGUAAAAAAUCUGUAUCUUUUGACUAUCAGUUAUUUCUCUUGUGCAUAGGGAAAAAUGCAUUAAAGUGACUAAAACAAUAAAAAAUUUAAAAUGGA